CUUUGUUAUUUGUUGACCUUUGUAAUGAAGAGGGACAUGCUAACGUCACAUGCUAGUGUUUAGAAGAUGACACUGAUUUUAAUAGAGAAAUAAUCGCUUUAAUCGGAUUUAAUCGUGACGUCGCUCGUUGUUUCGCUGAAUUAUGUCGUGAUUUAAAGUCGCUGUUCUGUGUCGAGUGAGUUUAGAAGCUACAGUGAGCUAAUGUUAGCAGUGACAGGUAGUGACGUUUCUGUUCUCGUGCUUUACUCUAAAAUACUGUCAACGACCUUUCAUUUCCGUUUCAGCACAUAUUGAAUUGUUAAAGGGCAUUAAAUGACUGUGAAUACGUAGUAAAAUGUACAUUUAGAAGACGUUUGUUUGAUACGACGAAUGAAACAAAUCUCACUUUUCAACAAGUUCCGUCGCUGUGUUUGUCACGUGUUCAAAAAGGUGAUAAACCUCCUCACAAUGCGUCAGCUCGUGAGCAGAGUGAUAAACCGGCUUUUAGUGAGUGAAGUGUUCACACCUGUCACACCUGCGACGCGUUCCCACGCCGAGAUUCAUUCACAUCACCGCACAAAGAUGGUGGUGGGGCUGGGGAACACUGGGAUGGAGGGAACCAGGCACAGUGUCGGCAUGGCGGUGCUCGGAGCUCUGGCCUCUCGGCUCGGCGUGGCUGAACACUGGCGUGGAGAUAAGCACGUGUGUGGUGAGGUCAUCGUGCACACGCACGUGGUGCUGCUGCGUCCCAGGCUGCUGAUGAACAUCAACGGAGUGUCUGUGGCCAAAGCAGCUAAGAAAUACGGCGUUGCGCCUGAGAACAUCCUUCUGGUCCAUGAUGAACUGGACAAACCUCUGGGGAAGAUCGCAGUCAAACAUGGAGGAAGCGCCAGAGGUCAUAAUGGAGUCCGGUCCUGUGUAGACUGUCUUCACACUGAUGUCAUGCAGAGACUCCGUGUCGGGAUUGGUCGGCCGCUGGGGAAAACGUCGGUGGAGCGCCACGUCCUCGGUCGCUUCUCCUCUGAGGAGCGGAAGCUUUUGGACUCUGUGCUGGUCCAGAGUGUGGACGUCCUCCUGUCCCUGCUGCCCCAGCAACAGGACUCCCAGUCCAGCUCCUCCUCACCAGCAGGGGGCAGACGAGCAGCACAAAGCAGGGAUGAGGACAAGUGUUCAGACUCGACUGCUGCUCAGAGCUGAACUUUGACUCAGGAAAAGAAUAAACGGACUCUAUUUCAUCUGAGUUUAAAUUAUUUUUUUGAAGUUUAAAUUAAACGUUUUUACAAGUGA